AUGAAGACAUUGUUCUGUACAUUGUUGCUGGUGGCGGGAGUGUGGAGUCACUCCCACCACAACCAUGACCAUGACUCUCACGACCACUGCCACCACAACCAUGACCACCAGCACACAUCUGAUCACCACCAUGACCACAACUCAGAGCUACCCAAGCAGCCGGUGGCAGUGUCUCCGUCGGGCGAGUUCCGCGGCGGCUACAACGUGACGCGCCGCGGGCGACAGUUCGAGACCUACCGCGGCAUCCGCUACGCCGAGCCCCCUGUCGGAGAGCUGCGGUUUCAGCCUCCAAAACUGAUAUUGGAGUACAAGUCCCCGGUGGACGCGCGCGAGGACGGGCCGGCGUGCCCGCUGCCCGCGUUGCCCGGCUACCCCGUCGACGAGGACUGCCUCACCAUCAAUGUCUACACGCCGCUAAAAAAAGACAGAAGUAAGCCGCUGCCAGUGAUAUUCUUCAUGCACCCGGGCGGCUUCUACUCGUUUACGGGACGCAGCGACCUGGCGGGACCGCACUACCUGCUCGACCGCGAUCUCGUGCUCGUCACCAUCAACUACCGACUUGGCUCACUCGGUUUGUUAAGUACGGGCGACAAGCUGGCGCCCGGCAACAACGCCUUCAAGGACCAAGUGGCGGCACUUAAGUGGGUGCAGCGUAACAUCGCGGCGUUUGGCGGAGACCCGAACUGCGUCACCAUCGCGGGCACUAGCGCCGGCUCUACUAGCGUCAUGCUGCAUAUGAUCUCGCCCAUGUCAAAAGGUCUUUUCCACCGUGGUAUUUCGAUGAGUGGUUCGCCCAUUAUGAGUAGCCCGACUCCAGACAACUACUACCAGCUGGCUGUGAAGCAGGCGGAGUUACUCAAUUGUCCCACUACGAACUCUAAAGUUAUCAUUGACUGUUUGAAGACAAAACCUUGGAGGGAACUCGGAGAUUCUCUAAAUAGUUUUUAUGAAUUUGGAUUUGAUCCAAUUCUUAUCUGGGGGCCAGUCAUUGAAAAAGACUUCGGCCAAGAGAGGUUCUUGUCCAUCGAGCCGGCUGACGCCAUCAAACAGGGCAAAAUGCACACGGUGCCGUACAUCGUCAGUCAAACUCACGAUGAAUUAUUUUGGAUGGCUUUCACUGUCCUAAGAAACCAGACGCUGCGGGACAAGAUGAACGCGGAGUGGGAGUCGGUGGCGCCGAUAUCGUUCCUGCUGCCGCCGCAGCCCGCGCACGCCGCCGCCGCGCUGCGCCGCCAGUACCUUCACGACCAGCCGCUGCGCGACGACGCGCAGAGCGCGACCGACCUGGGCCUCCUCUAUCAGGACUCUAUAGAGAGCUUCCCAGUCCACAGAUUGGUCAACCUGAUGUGUCGACACUCGCAGCACCCGGUGUGGUACUACGAGUUCGCGUACAUCGGCAACCACAGCCACUACGAAGACCCAGUCACUAAGAAACCAGUUGGCGCGGCGCACCACGACGAUCUGAUCUACCUGUUCACGCUGAGCUACCGCUUCCCGGACGUUGGCACCAGGGGCGCAGACUCCGACACUGUCGACGUCAUGACCUCCAUCUGGUACAACUUUGCCAAAAAUGGUGAUCCUAAUAAGGGCGACGUAUCAGCACUGAAGGGCAUUAAGUGGCCGCGUAUUCUGCCGGAUGACAGAAAAUAUUUGCGUAUCGACAACAAGCUUAGCGUGAAAAAGAACUUGAAAGAAGAUAGAAUUAAAAUUUGGGAAGAACUUUACCCUUUGGAAUAU